CCAGAGUCACAUAAAAAUACGCCUCUCCCAGUCGUUUGUUUGACUACGCCACCACUCCGCAAGCCCAAUCACUCUUCUUCUGUCUGUGUCUCUCACUCUCAACCCUUGCUAGGGUUUGAACUUUCAAUCUUCACCAAACCACACAACCCUCUCAAUCCUAUCAUGUAGAUUUACUUUUCUUUCUCUCUUUCUCUCUCUUUCCUGAGAUCCCAAAUUUUCAACCCCCUUUUGAUUUUUGAUCAGAAAACAGAGAAUAGAGAAAUCGAUGACUGUGCAAUCAGAGUCUUGUAUGGGUGACGAUGGAUGGCCACCUGGGUUUCGGUUCCACCCGACAGACGAGGAGCUUGUUCUGUACUAUCUGAAGAGGAGGAUUUGUCGGAGGAAGCUCAAGCUUGAUAUCAUCGCUGAGGUCGAUGUGUACAAAUGGGACCCUGAAGAAUUGCCUGGGCAAUCUAUUCUAAAAUCUGGAGAUAGGCAAUGGUUCUAUUUCACUCCUAGAGAUAGGAAGUAUCCUAAUGGAGGAAGGUCAAACAGGGCUACCAGACAUGGGUAUUGGAAAGCAACAGGAAAGGACCGUAACAUUAUGUGCAAUUCUAGGACAGUUGGAGUGAAAAAGACCCUGGUUUUUUAUAGAGGGCGUGCACCUCAUGGGGAACGCACUGACUGGGUCAUGCAUGAGUAUACAUUGGACGAGGAGGAGCUUAAGAGAUGCCAGAAUGUUCAGGAUUAUUAUGCACUCUACAAGCUUUACAAAAAAAGUGGACCUGGUCCUAAAAAUGGUGAGCAAUAUGGGGCACCAUUUAAAGAAGAAGAGUGGGAUGAUGUUGAAUGCCCAGAUUUUAACAACUCUGUUGAUAGGGAUAUUUCGGUGAAGCAACUCAAUGAGGUUACGUCUGUCACUAAUGUGAGAGCCAAUGGUCAAGUAUUUGAUGGAUUUGAGGAGUUCAUGAGGCAAAUUGCUGAUGAUCCUGUGCUGGAACACCCACAACUCGGCGAUUGUGCUCUCACUCUAUCUCAGGUUGUUGGUGAGGAAGAAACACAGAGUACCAUGGUGGAUCCAGCCUCUACUGAAGUUAUGAAUGCCGUACCUGUUGGAGUGCUGCACCCAAGUGGUCAGCUGUAUGAUGUGCAGCCCAGCUUUGGCCUUACACAGUCAGCUACUUCGCAAUUGCAAUUGUAUGAGUCACCUGAGGUCUUGUCUGCUCCCAAUCUUCAUGGACAUGAACCUUUCAUAAUACAUGAGGAGGACUUCCUGGAAAUCGAUGAUCUCAUUGGUCCUGAGCCUAGUUUUUCAAAUGACAGAGCUGUGGAGAACUUGCAGUUCGAGAACAGGAAUGGUGAUGGAUUAAGUGAGUUUGAAGUGUUCCAUGAUGCUGCCUUCUUUCUUCAUGACAUGGGGCCAAUUGAUCAGGCAACAGUGGCAGAUCCAUAUAUAAAUACCCUUGAGAAUAAUACGGUAACCCAGUUUGAUUAUCAGUUGCAACCCAAUCUUGAUGGUGCAGGUCAGAAUAACGAUCAGCUUUGGGCACUUGAUGAAAGAAGAAACUUAUAUACUUCAGCAGAAUCAGAUCUGGGUUAUUUUCCUACACCCUCAGGUGUCGGGUAUGAAUCUACAAAUUAUCAUACCCAAGCAAAUCAGAAUGAAAAUGGCAAUGAGGAUGUUGGUGCAUACACAAAUUAUCCCAUCCACGCAAAUCAGAAUGAAAAUGGCAAUGAGGAUGUUGGUGCUGCAAGUCGGUUCUCUUCUGCAUUAUGGUCAUUUGUGGAAUCAAUACCCACUACCCCUGCAUCUGCUUCAGAGAAUGCAUUGGUGAAUCGGGCUUUUGAGCGAAUGUCUAGCUUUAGUAGGGUAAGAAUGAAUGUCAAAAAUACAAAUGUUUCUGUUGGAAAUGGUGCUGAAUCUAAUAAGAGGGCAGGCAGAAGCAAGGGAUUAUUUUUUAUUUCAGUUAUUGGAGUGCUCUGUGCUAUGUUGUGGGUGCUGAUUGGAAAUGUGAGACUAUGGGGAAGAUGCAUGUCUUCAUGAAUAUGUAAAUGGGAGAUUUUUCUGCCUAUUUUCCUCGUCACUGCUAGAAGUAGUAAUAUAUUGCUCUACACAUUGUGAAAACAAGGAUUUCAAUCUUCUCUUAAUUUUGAUGUAAAGGGUGACCUGUUUCUUAAAAUGGAAAAUAUCUAGAAUUUUUGUUGAUAA